CGAAAACAUGUUCACACCGACUUCAUUCCCCCAUAUCACAGAAAGCAUAGUGCACUAUGUGAUCACCGCGAGGGACCAUGACACCUUGCUCGCUCUCCGGGCGACCUGCAAGGGCAUGAAAGAACUGGUCGACCCUGUCCUGUUCAAGCACGCUGCCCUCACCUCGACCUCCAACAUAGCAUCGCUGCGCCCCUACCUCGGUCCCCCAGCCAUCCUGGUCAAGUGGAUCGAGGACCAGGACACAUCCCGCAUCCUUCCCGAUGGGAACCACCCCGCCUUCCUGUCGGCACUCGGACACGGGCAGAUACUGGACAUCAAAGGCUCGGCCCUGCCGGGCUGGAUCCACGCGAGCGGGGUGGGCGGCGGGCAGCUCGACACCGUCCGAGACCUCACCGUGCCGCCGUCACCGGCCUUGACCUUGCGUGCCCGCAAGAACGUCCGCUUCAUCCAGCAUGCCCGGGUCAGUAACUUGGCCAGCGCGACGGCCUGCCUUGACCUCGCGGCCCGGCCUGGUGCUACCUCGCUCGUCAUUAACAUCGGACUUCACCCACAAGUCGAGCCGAUGACGAGUCCAGCCCCGCCACCCAUCACCCCGCUUCCCGAGUCUGGGGUGGACGAGCUGGUUAUGGUGUUCAACAAGGUCGCCAACACUGAGACCCUUCGGACGAGAAUCUUCUUGCUCCGGGCGUCCCUGUCAGUGGAUGAAGACCGCCCUGCAUUGGAGCACAUCCCGAGACUGCUGGGACUCAACAUGACCAGCACGCGCCGUAUCACGGUCGUCGGUCUCGAAACCCUCGACUCGCGCUGGAUGAUCCCCGGUCCCAAGCUCGCGCCUGCUGCUCUCCGCAGUCGAGUGGCUGCCGAGAUUCACGGUGUGGCAAUCAAGGCGUACUUUGAGCGUCAUGGACGCCCAAAACCUAUUACAGAGCUGCAGAGGAGCAGCGAGCUGCUUAGGUCCCUCACGCUCGAGGAGUACAGGGAGGAGGUUGGUGACGAGGAGUUUCGGAUCAACUGUGUCGAGUGA